AUAUGGCGCCAAGCUCGAGCACAGCAGCUCAUUGAAGUAAACAGUUGUUCCUGCAGCAACUACUCCUCACUGCGGUUAAAGCAGGUCGAAUUAUCUGUAACUUUGUUCACACAGUUUAAAGGUGUUUGAAAGCUAACCCGGAGUACUGAGACUUGUGACUGCGGGUUCUGCUGCUGCUAGGAGACCAUGACUUCACUUACUCUGAAAGGAGUGACAGUGAACUUCCCAUUUGUUCCAUAUGACUGUCAGAAGGACUACAUGAGCAAAGUGAUAGAGUGUCUUCAGGAGAAGGCCAAUGGGGUUCUGGAGAGUCCGACAGGCACCGGUAAAACUCUGUGCCUGCUCUGUGCCACCCUGGCCUGGAGGGAGCGCUUCAAGGACACCAUCUCUGCCCGCAAGGUCACAGAGAGGCUGAAAGGAGAGGAGAUGUUCUCCAACACCCCGCUGUCCUCCUGGGGGACGGCUGCCACAGACGGAGACACACCAACCUACUACACUGAUGUUCCCAAGAUCAUUUACGCAUCCAGGACACACUCUCAGCUGGCGCAGGUUAUCAAGGAGUUAAAGAAUACUUCCUACAAGCCAAAGGUGUGUGUUCUGGGAUCGAGAGAGCAGCUGUGUAUCAACCCUGAAGUCAUGAAACAGCAGAGCAACCAUGUUAAGGUCCAUUCGUGCAGAGCCAAAGUUUCCACAAGAUCAUGUGUCUACUACAAUAACGUGGAAGAGAAGAGCACUGACAAAGAGUUGGUGAAUUCAGUCCUCGACGUGGAAGACUUGGUCAAAUUCGGCAACAAACAGAGGGUCUGUCCUUACUACCUGUCCCGUUCCCUGAAGCAGCAGGCAGACAUUGUUUUCACGCCGUACAACUACCUGCUGGAUCCAAAGAGCCGCAGAGCGCACAACAUCGAGCUGAACGGAGCGGUGGUCAUCUUCGAUGAAGCUCACAAUGUGGAGAAGACGUGUGAAGAGUCCACAUCCUUUGACCUGACUCCAUAUGAUGUGGCCUCCGCCAUCACUGCUGUGGACCGGCUGCUGGCGGAGCAGGCGAAAGAGGCCAGCCAUGGAGACACUGUCAGUGACUUCAACGUGGAGUCCCUCAACUCUGGUUUAAAAUUGGAAUUAGCUACCAUUGCUAAAAUUAAACAGAUACUGCUGGAUCUGGAAACCGUUAUCGAUUCCUAUGAUGUUCCAAAUGAAGUAGGCAUCACAAAACCUGGAAUCUUCAUCUAUGAGCUGCUGGAGAGAGCCCACCUGACCUACAGCUCCAAGACGGCUGUGCAGGAGGCUCUGGAGCAGAUCACUGGAUACCUCGCAGGACAGCCGGGGGUGUUUGUGAACACAAGUGGACUGCAGCAGCUGACUAAUAUCAUACAGCUGGUGUUCUGUGGGGAACCAUCAGAAAAGGAGAAACAGCAGCAGAUGGAGACCAACACGGCUCAUUUUAAGGUUCAUAUCCAUCAAGACACCAGCCAUCAGAAGAAAAACCAGAGCAUGGAUGUCUGGGCUUCAUCAUCAUCAUCAUCAUCAUCAAAGAAACAAGGCAACAUCUUGAGUUACUGGUGCUUCUCUCCGGGCUACAGCAUGCAGAGCCUGGUGGAUCAAGGGGUCCGCUGCAUCAUUCUGACCAGCGGGACCCUCUCCCCUCUCUCCUCCUUCACCUCUGAGAUGAGGAUAAAGUUCCCUGUGAGUCUGGAGAACAGUCAUGUGAUCGAGCGGGACCAGAUCUUUGUGAGCGUCAUCGAGCGCGGCCCGGAUGGAGAGCAGCUCAGCUCAGCGUUUGCUAGAAGAUUUAUUCCUGAAAACAUGUCAUCUUUAGGCAAAACAGUUGCUAACCUGAGCCGAGUGGUUCCUCAUGGCCUCCUGGUGUUCUUUCCAUCCUUCUCUGUGAUGGAAAAAACCCUGGACUUCUGGAGAGCUAACGGACAUGCAGAUCGCAUUGAGACUGUAAAGCCCAUGUUUGUUGAACCUAGAGGAAAGGGCACCUUUAAUGAGGUUAUGGACGGAUAUUACAACAAAGUCAAUGAUCCAUCAUCCAAAGGGGGAAGCUUUUUCGCUGUGUGCCGAGGAAAGGCGAGUGAGGGUCUGGAUUUUGCAGACACCUUUGGUCGGGGUGUGGUCAUCACUGGCCUUCCUUUCCCCCCGAGGAUGGACCCUCGAGUCGUCCUGAAGAUGCAGUUCCUGGAUGAGAUGUGUCGGAAGAAAGCUCCUGGGGUGAAGUACCUGUCUGGGCAGGAGUGGUACAGCCAGCAGGCUUUCAGAGCUGUGAACCAGGCCAUUGGCAGAGUCAUUCGCCACAAGGACGACUACGGAGCCAUCCUGCUGUGUGAUCAGAGGUUUAAAAGCUCGAAUGCACGGGCCCAGCUUCCCUCCUGGGUCAGGCCUUACGUGCGUGUGUACAGCAGCUUUGGGAAUGUGAUCCGAGACCUGUCCCAGUUCUUCAGGGUGGCCCAGAAACUGAGGCCUGUGGCAGAGAAGAAGGGUGCAGCAGAGAGCUGUGAGGCAGUGUGUCUAUCAGCCCCUCUGUCCUCCUGCUCCACUUCCUGCUCACCAUCCCAAAGCUCCAUCACCCAGAAGGCCAAGGUGCUGGACGCCCACCUCCCCAGCCUGAAGAGGAAGAGACUGAAUGACCACUCUGGAGCCGCUGGGAUGGCCAGGAUCUGUGUGGAGUAUGAGUGUGAGCUGCAGGAGAGUCAGAGGAGGCCCGCCAACCUGCUGGAUGCUCUGGAGCGGGGGGACCACCACAGUGGGGAGGACGAGGGUGCUGCUGUGGGAGAAGAGAAGGCAAACCAUUUGUCCACUCUGUCUCUGCAGUGUGAUAAGAGGAUGGACGAUGAAAUGCGGGGAGGAAAACGUAAAAUCAAACUGGUCCAGCAACAGAAGAAGUCGCAGGUGUCGGAGGCGGUCUCUGGGGAGGGGACCUCCAGCAGGGUGAAGGGUUUCCUGGCAGAGAUGAAGAAGUCUCUGAGCCAGUGCAACUUUGAGCAGAUCGUUCAGACUCUGCAGACCUACAAGAAGACUGACGACCUGGACAUGCUGCUGACGGACACGGCGGUGCUGACGGAGGACGCCAACACCUACAGCCUGCUCCGCGGCCUGUACCAGUUCAUCCGGCCCCAUCACAAGCAGAGGUUUGACGAGCGGUGCAGGGACCUGACGGGGGGGGGCUGCGGCUACGAGCCCAGCCACUCUCUGUCUGUGGAGGAGAAGAAGGCCCUGCUGAACAGCGCUGCAGUCAGACGGCCUGCCGUGAGUGUGACCCCCCCCCCCCUCCACCUGCAGUCAGCUGAACACAGAGCAACUCAACAAGGGAGGACUCCACCUGAGCCAGAGGCCUCACACUGCUGCACAACAAUGGAACUCAAUCCCAGCUGCAGUCAGACGGCAUGCUGUAGGUGUGACCCCCCCCCCCCUCCACCUGCAGUCAGCUGAACACAGAGCAGCUCAACAAGGGAGGACUCCACCUGAGCCAGAGGCCUCACACUGGUUCUGCUCCGAAGACUGAGGCCCACGCUUCCUUUCAGGCUGAUGUGAAGAAGGCCAUCGGAGCAGAGAAGACGGCGCUGCUGCUGCAGGCCAUCCAGAGCUACAAGAGGAGCGACUGCUACGAGUCC